CUUCUUAUUUUCUUCUUGUUACAACAUCUUCAAUUUCAGAUUUUUUUUUUUUUUGUUCCAGUACAGUAACUUUGUUGAAUACGGUGCAUUAUGUUGGGAGUGGCUUACAAUAAUAUGAAAUAUACUUUUUAGGACUCAAAAUAGAAACACCUCCCAAUAAUGUGGCAAUGGGUACGUCAGUAUUCCUUGUUUUCGAUGUCAAAAGUUGAGAAAUACAGUUGCCGAUGCUUUCGUUGCUGUGAAUUUCGCAUUCUUCGACGUAGGCUACGCUCACGGUGACGCAACCAUGCGCACGACGUCUUGCGUACGUACUUUACGUUAAUUUAGUGCGCACCGCCGGAAAUGGCGGCGGCGGUGCUGAGAUUCGAACGAAUCGAUUCCGGAAAUGGCGGCCAAAAAUGGCAAAGAUUCAGCGUGGAGAAGAUGUCUCUACGUGCUGAAGCGCCUCGCAAACGAGCGUCGACGUUGCUUUCGGAGUGGAGCAGCAUGAAGAAGAAAACCAGGCGCUCGCAAGAAGUGGUCACCGGCAGUCAAAUGGUGGGCCAAUGUUGCGUUCUGUGCCGAAGCUGUGAGGACGACCCGGCCUUGUUUGGGGACAAAAUCACUCUGCGGGACGACAACCUCUGCGUGCACUACUUCUGCUUGCUGACGUCGUGCGGCGUGUACCAGCGAGGCAAAGACAGCGAAGGCGUGUUCGGCUUCCUGGUGGACGACAUCAAGCAGGAGAUUCGCCGCUCGGCGCGACUGACGUGCUGCGCGUGUAAGAAGAAGGGCGCCUGCGUGGGCUGCUACGUGAAAAGUUGCCGCAAGAUGGUUCACUUCCCGUGCGGACGCAGGAGCGGCUUCGUUUCGCAGUUCACCCAAAACUUCCCGUCUUACUGUCCCGACCACAGGCCCUUUCAGUCUGCGGCCGUCGGCUCCAACCUGAGCCUGCCCCAGUCGUGCUCCGUGUGCUUGGACGCCAUCGACGGCGACCUGUCCUACGGCGUCCUCAAGUGUCCGUCCUGCCACGGCAGCUGGUUCCACAGGGAUUGCGUGCAGCGCCAAGCACACAGUGCCGGCCUCUUCUUCUUCAGAUGCACGUUGUGUAACAACAAGGACCAGUAUCAGCAGGAGAUGCUGCGCAUGGGGAUCUGCAUCCCCGAGAGAGACGCUUCGUGGGAGUUGGAGGCCGACGCCUACGCCGACCUGCUGGAGGUCUACGCGCACUGCGACGCCCACGCCUGCGUCUGCGCCAACGGACGCGCGCACGCCGCCAAAAGGGGGUGGUUUGCCGUGCUCCGGUGCCUGCUCUGCGGGUCCAGGGGGACGCACAGGAAGUGCUCGGGGCUCGCGCUGAACGCCGCCGACUGGGCCUGCCCCGAAUGUGCCAAGUCCACCGACGGAAACGCCUCCCUGGUUGCGUCUCCUCAGGCGGCCCCGAGGAGGACCGCCGCCUCCAAACGUCGCCUCCCGGCGCCGCCCUCGCCCGUCGGUCGCAAAAAGCCGUCGCGCGCCUCUCCCGAGGAGCUCCCGGCGGACGGCGCGACCCCACCGUGA